AUGGCUGCAUCUCUAAGGCCAGAAGUUAUCUGGAUAGAAGGAAGAUGUUAUAGAGUUAACGAUCCUACUACAGAGAUUACUGCCCUACAGGAAUACGAUUUGUACGAAAAUGACAACUCAUACAACUAUGAGCUUGAUGAAGGCGAAGAAGAUGAGUUUGAAGUGGUGAUGGUUGAUAAUUCUAGAUAUAAAACAAGUUUACAUGUUUCUAAGCAUUAUUUAGGAUGUAUAAUAGGAAAGAAAGGAUCAAUAAAAAUGAGAAUUGAGCGGGAUACAAGAACAGAUAUAAAGAUUCCAAGGCAGGGACAAGAAGGUGACAUAACAAUAUUUGGUUCUACAGCAGCUAGUGUAAAAGCAGCUAGAAGAAGAAUAAACAUAAUUGUUAUGUCUUCCAGAAUGAAACAAAAAUCGACUCAUUUUAUAUCAAUACCUAUGAAUCACCCAAAUAUUAUGAAAAGAUUUGAAGAGUUUAAGGCCCUUGUACUACGUGAAUGUGCUGGAAGUAAAGGGUUAGACGAAUCCCUCUUUAUAGAAUCACAGAAACUGCAUCUCACGAUAGGUGUGAUGUGUUUGAUGGACAAUGAAGAGAGAGUAAUUGCCUCGAAGUUAUUCACUGAGGCCAAAGAUAAAGUUGUUGGACCAUUACUGAAAGGACAUUUGCCACUGAAAAUUAGAAUGAAAGGUAUUUCUUAUAUGAAUGAUGAUCCUUCACAAAUAGACGUGUUAUAUGGAACAGUUCAAGAAGAGAGUAGCGCCAAGGGGUUAAUUCAAGAACUUGCUGAUGGAUUAGUUGAUUAUUUUAGUAAAGCAGGUUACAUGAACCGGGAGCAUGGAAGAGAUAACGUGAAACUACAUGUCACUUUAAUGAAUUCAAAAUAUGGAAAUCGUACUUCCGGUACGAAUGUUGAAGACUCAGGGUCGUCUAGAAAUAUAAGGAAACCAAGAGUGACUUUUGACGGUUCCCUCGUUCUUGAGAAGUUUGCUGACUUUGAUUUCGGAGUGAUGGAGUUAGAAGACAUCCACUUGUCACAGCGGCACUCAACGGGGUCAGAUGGAUAUUACCAGCCAACGUGUGUUAUUGCAUCUAUGUUUUGA